GAGACAGUGUCGCCAAUUUCCUUUCUUCCUAGGCUGGCCCUGGCAUGUCUUGAAGAGACAGUUGACCUUUCUACCUUCUAACCUGUUUCAAUUUACUGCUCAGAUGGAGUGAUGAGCGAGCAUUACUCCUCACUCGCUACGCCACCUUCAUCCCAUUUCCCCUGUGCUCUGGAGGAAGCACACGCGUGAAAGCUUUGCACAUUAUAUUUCGCGGACAACAAGCUUCUUUUGCAAUCCUGUUUUGCAUCCGAUUUAGCUUUACACAUUUCUGAUGUUCAGACAUGUCACUACUUCAGAAUGAAGAUUUCAUUAUUUGGCAGUUGCGCACAUCCUAUCUCUCCGCGAUAAAAGACGGCGUCGGCGACCGACUCAUAACGCUCAACUCCUCCGCUCUCAACACCCCGGGUUUUCGCGCUGCAGGAUGGACGGGAUCCGCCGCUGCCGCCGCAAGCAUAAAACGAACGUAUUCCCCGCCUAUUCCGAUCGCGACCGCCGUUGCGUCCGAAUACUUCCAGUCGAAGGAUGAGAACGGAGAUGGGAAACAGGAUGGUGACCGACAGCCUGAUUUGGGAUUUAGUGAUGACGAGGAAGGCGGGAUGAUCACCGGCUCAAGGGAUGAUACAAAUACGAUUGUCCCUUUACCGCAUCGGUCUAGUCCUGGGAAGAAGGGCCGGAGACGGAAACAUCAAAGCCAGCCAGGAAGGCCACAUCACAGACCCGGCGACGCGGAAGAAGAUGAUAGUAGUGAUCUCAGCGACGACAGCGAUGAUGAUCCGAGUGGAUCGAGGGCUGUGAACCAAAUAAAAUUUACGAAGAUGCCUGUUCGAGACCGUGCAGGGUCCUCUCCAAUCCGAGGUUCCAAUCGCCGUGAAGGCCCCAAGGUACUAGUUACUUCUCCAUCAGUCAGAUCCGUAGAAACCCGGUUUCGCCGAAAUUCGUUGGGUGCAGUGGAAGCUGUCAAGGCCCGGGCUCGUGGUGACACUAUUACGAGCAGCGAUAUGUCCUCUGACAACGAUCUAGACCCAGAUGUACUUAAGAGACGUCAGAUCCACUUUUCAGGAACGGAAGAAGUUAUCGAAGUUCCGGAAGAUACAGCCAGUGAAAAACUAGAGGAAGAAGUCGAGAUCGAGGCUGAAAUGUCCCGUCGCACUCAAGAAAACGACGACGAUUCUAUAGCGGAGUCUGUUGGCUCAGCCUUAUCUUCUGAGUUUGGUGUAACGGCAGACUCAACUACUCUCUUGGGGAGGGUCGCCAUUGGCGGCAGUUUGGGCUCCCGAUUACCAGUUGAAACACAGGAUACAUCGCCAAAUCGGCACAGGGUACUUUCACCUGUCCUCCAGAGCAUUCCGCCUCCUCGCCCGAUUAGUAUCGUCGGUACAACCAGUCUACUUUCUUCCAUGCUUCAAGCUCGCAAGGAAGCACCUGUCAAUCCUUUAGAGAAAUUUGCUGCCUUUUCCGGUAAAAGCGAGACUUCAACGCCCCUAUAUCUUAAAAUCUUUGUACCGUCAUCUUCCUCGCCAUCGAGCCCUAUUGAUAUCCUGGCAGUUCGAGAAUCCAAAAAUGAGGAUCAGCCAGGACAGAUCACCGUCGCACAGGCUAUUGGAUUAAGCUUAUGGAGAUAUAUGGAAGAAGGUCUGAAGCCGCCGCUUAGAGAUGAUAGGUUCAGUGUAAACCGCUGGCAUCUCCGCAUGGUGGAUGACGGUGAAGUCGAUUACGAUUUCCCGCCUCUUAGUCGGGAUAGGCCCCUCGCAGAUUUUACGUCGAAUAACAAUCGAGCCGCCGCAGUCCGAGGGAGAGCUAGAAGCAAACCAUGCGAUGAAUUUGCGCUUGUUGAGGCGACGGACGAGGAGUUCAAAGAGAACGAGCGGCGUUUCCCGAAAUAUAGUAUCGCAGCUAUUCAGCAGCAAACGGACGAAAAGCAAAACGCAUCAAUUUCGCCCACACCGGCUUUGCUGAAUAAAGGGGUCGCUAACACCCGAGCCAAUCCCAUUCUUGGACAGCCGUUCUCAUCCGCAUUGAACGAUAGCUCCUUAACACCGGCUGAUCGCCCGAUUGUACCGGUGUCGCAUGCGACCCCUAGAAUGGGAGCUUCCAAAACCUUGAAAGUUCGAUAUGUUGACCUUGAAUCAUCCACCCGCACCACCACCAUUCAGACAUCAACGGACAGUUAUAUCGCCGAGAUCUUGGACUCCGUUUGCAAGAAAUGGGGGUUGGAUAAGGGUAACUUUCUGUUGAAAGUGAUGGGAUCGAAUACCAUCGCACCCCUGGACCGAACUGUUGAAGCUCUGGGAAACAUCUCCGAGCUGGAACUUGUCCGUCGCCGAUUUGGAAUUGGCCCUCUUUCAUUAACAGGUUCACCAGGCAGCUCCUCGCCAAAUGCACCGUUGCUAAUCGACAACCACAAUGCUGCGACGAAGAAGGGGAAAAAGGGCACCCGCAUGUUGCAUCCACUGGCUCAGCAACAAGACAUCAUUGGAGGGUACUAUAGGCGUUUUAACGUGAUUCGUAAGCAAUCAAUGUCGCUAACGGCUUCGAGCCAACGGGUAAUCGCGUUUGAUCAUGACUAUAUUCAUAUCAUUCCUGGCGAAACAGGUCGAACGCUUUUUGAGUCGAAUGCAAAAACCACGUCCAUCUCAUUCAACGACGUCGUUGGGUCGAAAGUCAGCAGAAGACAUCCAAAGAGUUUCCGGAUUGUGGUUUUGCGAGGUAAUGAAGCUAACGAACAGAAGCGCUAUGAUUUUGAGGCGAAGAAUCCUGCGGAAGCAGCAGAGAUUGUUGAGGAGAUUAAGAAGAAUAUGAUGCAAUGUCGGAUGUGAGGUUUCUGGGGAGGAUUGUGUCUUUCUAUGCAUAUACCUCUAUUUUUCCGGUCUGUAACUUUUCCGGCGCAGGUGGAUGUCAAGGCUUGGUAUAGGGACAGGGCUUUAUAUGUAUGUACAAUGCGAUGGGCUUUCAUGGACUUUUAUGAUCGAUGGUUGCGGU